CUUGGGCUAAGCAAGGUGGCCCAAAGAGAUAUUUUUGGGGAGGAGAGGCCCAAAGAAAUUUGGAUGGAACGCCAUCGUUACGGUCCCAGGCUCCCAGCACCAGACUCAAAAGGUAGUGUUUAACAUCAAUACGGUAAAUUGUUAAAGAUAAGAAUGCCAAAAAAAAUCAUUAGUGUUAACAAAGUUUAGAUGUUGGAAGCAUUAUUACAUCUGCAAUGUUUCCUGUUGAUAGAGUUUAGGUGUAUCCUCAACCGUGUACACAGGGCACACGGAAAGCAAUUCAAUCAGGCCAGAGCUGCAGAUAAACCCAGCACUUAAUUAUCAGCUCCUCAAUUCAAAUUCCAACCGUAUCACAAAAGGAAAACAUUUGAGUUAAAACGACUGAUGAAACACACGUGCAUGCACCGGUCACUUUGAUCGAGCAUGUCUUAACGAACAGCACGAGAGCUUUGGCUGUUGGAGAUAAGGCGGGAACGAAAAAGCUCGAUGUCUUAACGAAACGAUUACACCUUCGUUUGAAAAAUUUAAAUCUCCUGCACGCGUAAAUCUCUCAUCGCCCCGCCACUAUAUAAGGCGACCAGGUACCCGACCCCAUGAACACACACCAAACCACCUCGAGAUCGCUUCACUCUCGUAGCAAUGGCGCCGUCGCUAGCCACCGUCGUUGCGAUCUUCCUCGCCGCCAUCCUCCUCUCGUCGCCACCACCCUGCGCCGCCGCUUCGUCCGCGCCAGCGCCGGCUGCGGCCGGGCAUGGCGUCCCGGCGGUGUUCGCGUUCGGCGACUCGACGCUGGACCCGGGCAACAACAACCGCCUCGCCACGCUGGUGCGCGCCGACCACGCGCCCUACGGCCGCGACUUCCCCGGCGGCGCGGCCACGGGCCGGUUCACCGACGGCAAGCUCAUCACCGACUACAUCGUCUCGUCGCUCGGCAUCAAGGACCUCCUCCCGGCGUACCACUCCAGCGGCCUCGCCGUCGCCGACGCCUCCACCGGCGUCAGCUUCGCGUCGGGCGGCUCCGGCCUCGACGACCUGACCGCGAACAACGCCCUGGUGUCCACGUUCGGCUCGCAGCUCAACGACUUCCAGGAGCUCCUCGGACACAUUGGCUCGCCCAAGUCCGACGAGAUCGCCGGCAAGUCCCUGUACGUGAUCUCCGCCGGCACCAACGACGUCACCAUGUACUACCUCCUGCCGUUCCGCGCCACGAACUUCCCCACCGUCGACCAGUACGGCGACUACCUCAUCGGCCUUCUCCAGUCCAACCUCAACAGCCUGUACAAGAUGGGGGCUCGGAAGAUGAUGGUGGCCGGGUUGCCGCCGUUGGGCUGCCUCCCGGUGCAGAAGAGCCUCCGCGGGGCGGGUUCCGGAGGCUGCGUCACGGAGCAGAACGAGGCGGCGGAGCGGUACAACGCCGCGCUCCAGAAGGCACUCUCCAAGCUGGAGGCCGACUCACCCGGCGCCAAGAUCGCCUACGUCGACAUCUACACCCCUCUCAAGGACAUGGCCGAGAACCCCAAGAAAUACGGUUUCACCCAGGCGAGCCUCGGCUGCUGCGGGACGGGGAUGAUGGAGAUGGGGGCGCUCUGCACCAGCGCGCUGCCGCAGUGCCAGUCGCCGUCGCAGUACAUGUUCUUCGACUCCGUGCACCCGACGCAGGCCACCUACAAGGCUCUCGCCGAUGAGAUCGUCAAGUCGCACGUGCCGCAGCUCAUGCAGUAAUUAGAUGGUCCGUAGCAUAGUUUAGUGUCCAGUGUGUUAAACUAAUUAUUAAGAAUAAUAGAUAUGCAUGGUUCAGUAGCUAUAGAGUUUUUGCAUAGAGUAAAGUCCAUCACCGGUCCCUAAACUUGUACCGCUGUGUCAUCCCGGUCCCUAAACUCGCAAAUCUCGGUCCCUAAACUUGCAGAUCACUCGUUUAGGUCCUCCAACUUGUUCAGUUGUGUCACCCCGGUCUCUAAACUUGGAUUUGAAUAUCAUCUGGGUC